AUGCUUCUUCUCCAAGUUCAACCUUUUGUUUUGUUGUUCUUCUUCAAGUUAUGCUCCUUAUGAUUUAUUUGCUAUAUGGAUAUACGCUUCCAACACGUACCCGCUUCCUAAUAUUUUAAAAAAUCUCGCUUCUGCGCUUCUUUACGUUUCCGCUUCCACGUACCCGCUUCCGUUUCCAUGUAACAUAGCUUAAAAUAGUAUAAUAGCCGUUUGGGCAAGAACUCUUUGGUCUCUUCCAUUUCUUUUUUUCUAAACUCUUUGGUCUCUUCCAUUUUUUUUCUUUAAACUCUUUGGUUACUUCAUCUAAGUGCUGUUUCUUUACUCAACCUCUAGGUUCGAGAGAAGAAGAAGACAAAAGGGUUGUUGCAAUGGAUAGUCUGCGAAAUCUAUUGCCCUUUUCAACGGUUGGUAGUGACCUGAGAGAAUCAAAGGAGCUUGUUCAGAGACUUGACGUGCCUGAGAGUACCAAAGCCUUUGUGUUUGCAAUCAAAGUCCCUGAGCAUGAUUCCACCAUCUACUUACUCUCAGUUCAGAACCUAUCUCAAAGAUCUGCUACCGACGCCGAGUGUCUUAUACGUGAACUCCGUCCUGACGCUGUUGUGGCUCAGGUGAGCCCUUCAGCUUUUGGAGAUGAUCAUGAGGAGGAGGGCUCAAUCCCAACGUCAGCUUUUAAAGUUCUUGCACGUUGUCUCUCAGACGAAAGUCUUAACAAAGAAAAGUACCAAAGCGUUGCAAGGAACUUGGUAAUGAAGGAGAUCUUUGGGACAAGCUUUAGCGCACAUCUAACGGCGGCUAAAAGGGUUGCUGAGGAGGUUGGUUCGACGUUUAUGGUACUUGAAUCUCCUUUUCUUAUGGAUGGUCUGACUAAAUCUCCUUUAGGCUCCACAAGGUUUCAGAUAAGCAAUGAUCAACGGUCACUGAUGCAGCGACUCUUAUCUUCACAUAUUACUCACCUCAGUAAUGAGAUUGAAUCUGAGGUUCCACCGUUUGCUCUCUCCGUUUAUAACUUACUCGUUGAGCUUCAUAACAUCUUUAACGAUCUCCCAGCUAUGAGGAAAGCUCUAGACACUGCCACAAAGAUGUUGUCUGAUGUGAAUAACGGCGAAGCCGUUGAUGCAGAGGCUCUCUCUGAAGUUUACCUCUUCAGGCUUGCGGUUGAAGGUCUUAGAAUUGCUUUGAACAAAGGUGGUCGGCUAAACAACAUCAGGAACCUAGGGGGCGAAGUUCAGUUUUCGAAGCUAUCUUCUGAUGACAAAGCUUAUGCCCUUAUGGCAGAUGAUCUUCGUAGUCAGGCCAAGAAGUUCAAGAACAUAGUAGCGGUCAUAGACGCGGGUAACCUCGCAGGCCUUAGGAGGCACUGGAGGACUCGUGUUCCUCAAGAAGUUCUAGCUAUGUCGAUCGAGCAUACGGUGCAGGACUGUGAUCCAAAGAUAAAACCGGUGGUGGCUGUUGGUGGAGCUUUAACACUAUCCAAGUCCUCCAGGUUCUUGAACCGUUUCUUGACACGCAAGGCAUCGGCAUUUACCAAAAUGGUGUAUCCCUCAGCGUUAUCCGCCGAGAGAAUCAGAGGAGUGACACAGUAUAUUUUAACUUCAGCUGAAGGAACUAGCUUAGAGUCCAUGAGAGCUGCAUUCUACGCGAUGAUGAUGCGGAAUAGGAGGAGGCUAGCGAAACCUAUGGGUGCCUUACCGAUGGUUGUGUUUGGAGCCGGUCUUGCAAGUUUUUCCGGGUUGAUCUACUGUGAAGAGAGGAUUGAAUGUGCAGCUGUGACUCUUCCUUCAGCUCCUUCGAUCGCAAAACUUGGUCGAGGGGUUCAGAACUUGCGUGAGGCGUCUCUGGAAGUGACUAGGAGAGGAAACAACGGGGUACAUAACGCAAUGCAGGGUCUUAGUCAGAGGGUGAGGAACUUGACGCUUAAUUAUUUAAAUUUCAAACCAAAUCUGGUUCGUUAUAUUUGUAAACGUCGUAUCUAAUCAAUACUACUAAAAGAUGAUCAUUCACAAAUUGUACACUUAAUGAAAAUUGCACUUUUCUCAUAAACGUUGUAUCAAUUUUUUUUAAAAAAUAUUAUCAGAUAUUUUAUGUUUUAUCGGAUCAAUAGUAUCAAAUCGCAUGUUAAUAGUGAGUUUUUGAGUUUUUACCGGGUUAUAUCAGAUUUUUAAUUAACAAUUUUUUCAUUAAAU